AUGUCUAUCCCAUUUAUGCUUCCAGAAUGCGGACAUACAUUUUGCUAUUCUUGCAUCAAAGCAUGGCUUGAAAGAAGUCUUACAUGCCCAAUGUGUAGGAGAGAAGUUCCCAAAAAGCCUGUUUUAGAUGUCAAACUAAGGAAAAUAUUUGCACAAAUAGUGUGCGCCAUCACAAAAGGUAGUCCCGACAGAAAGUCAGCAUUAGAUAAAUUUAUCAAAGAACAAGCGGAGGAUUAUGAGAAGGACAUGAAAAAAGGUCAGCCAUUAUUUUGUGAUAUAUUUUCUGACGUUAGUGAGGCCAUUGUUGAUAUGAGUGAUGGAGUACCGAGGUGUAGUGUAUGUCACUGGGAAGUGCAUGGCACAACAUGCGAGAAUUGUGGUAGAAGACUUAUAAGGGAUGAAUUGAUAGCAUAUAAUUUAAUGAUGGGUUAUGGGCCCGAUUUGAUGCCAGAUAGAUCGGAUAUGAGAGGAUUAAAUUUGGGAUCAUUAGGAAUACAUUUACCUUCAGAUACGGAUACGGAUACAGAGAAUGACUCUGCAGACGAUCCCAAUUGGCAACCAUCAGAGGUUGAUUCCGAAGCAAGUGCAGAUCAAGAAGUUUCGUAUGUGCCGGAGUACAAUGAAAGUUCUGAGGAAUCAAGCAAUAAUGAUAGAACUGAUAGAUCGGCACUUAGUGCUUUUUUCACUGCUUCCGACAAUUCAAAUUCGGAUUCAGAGUACCAGAACACUGAAGCUUCAUCAGAAGAGGAAGAAGAGAAAUAUUCGGAAGAUGAUGACAAUACGGACCAUGUCGUCUUGCUAAGAAGAAAUGAACAGACAGAUGGGAGAGAUGCUGCUCAGGAGUCAGCUUCUGAGACUAACUGGGAGCGUGACGAACCACUGAAUGUGUCCCUUAGAAGAGGGAGAAGAUUGGUUAUUUCUGAAGAUUCAGACGAUGACGAAACAAUUGAUGCUCAUAAUAACCAUCGCAGAUUUACUUUUCGAAAUGCUAAUGACCGCUUGCGCCUCUAA